GAACUAAUCAUAGACAUGUUGCUUCGUCCACCAGGAUCGGAAACUCCACGUCGCGCCGCCCAGGGACAGGAUUCGCACAACCGCCUGUUCGGCGAACUGAACCGUCCGUUCACACCGGCCAAGAACCACAUGAAGAGCAAUCUGCCGAUCGGUGGCGAUCAUACCGAUGGUGGCAAGCCGCACCAGAACGGCAAAUCGAACGGAGUCGCUCACCAGAACGGUAACGGCACAGCGAACGGACAUCACACCAACGGACACAGCAAUGGCAAUGGACACAUCUCGUCGGCUUCCUCGGACAAUGGAUCCAGCCACAUUUUCCUGAGGAGAUUAACAUCGCCAAGGUCACCACGCUCGCCACGGUUUGCGCAACGGAACCCAGUUACCGGCAACGGAGUCGAAGAUUACGCCGACAAGCCACGGAAGCUUAGCUCGAGACGUGGAGCAGGAGACGGCAAUCCGGUAACUGGUGAAGGGUACAGCAAAUCGAACGGUGCAGCAGAAAUCAACACAACGGUGCCGUCGCUGAACGGAGGUGGCCAUGUUAUCAAUAAGAAUCGCAUUCCACCCGGUGGAUUCUCGUCCGGUCUGUGGUAAACAGCAUCCUUUUGCUGGCGGUCUUUUACAACAACAACAACAAAAACGCAAACCCCAUAACCUGCUGAGAGCCCAACAUCAUCAACCAGCAGAAGCAAACUACAUCCCACAUCCGUCAGAAAGUAAAUCAAACAACUACUCUCCAUCACUGAUUCGUCCUCGUGGAAAGCACACAGAUCCACAGAGAUAGAUUUUCACACAGGUCCAUCCAAGCACACGCCAGCAUCCAAUAGCGAAUGAUGAUCACAGACGAUCGCGUAUAUGAUGAUGUUGAUCAUAAAACCGAGUACUAUUAUACGAUCGUGAUACGUGAAGAAAGCGCGGUAUAUCCGCCUUCGUUCGGAUAAUGUGUGACUCUUGUUCGGUCCCUAAGCAAAGAGAAUAAAGUAAGAGCGUAUCGGUGUCGGGGGAUAUAUGGUGUGAAACAUUUUCUGUGUGAAAGUGUAAUAUGUUGCAAUUAUUUAGCGAUGCCUCCGUACAGUUACAAGUCUUUCGAGGCAAAGGAGGGAAAAAACAGAAUUAUAAAUAUAUCGAACAAUAAUCGAAUCGAACGAACGUUUGGCAAACAGUUGUGUAAAAUGAGCCGAUCCCCCUGAUCCGCUGCUAGCGUAUAGCGUACGUACGGACACCAAACCCCGAAACAUACGAGAUUUCCAGAUAGGGAGGGCCGAAACAAAAAAGAAACAAAAAACUUGGAAGAAAGUUUGAUGCAAAGAGUUGAAAAACGAACGGGCGAGAGAAGAAACUAAUAAUGGCACUAUAUACAUGCAGUAAUAAAUUCUUUGUAUUAAUGAAUACCUAUAAUAAUCACCGAGGAAAAACCAGCGUGUGUGAGUGAGAGAUGAAAUUGCAUUGGUCCUAAAGUGCAUCAAUUAAUCGAGACCGGAGGUACGGGAAAGGCAAGAGGAAAGUAUCAGGAUGGCGCGAUCUUUAGAGAGAUACACGCAUACAGUACACACAGAAACACAAAAUCCAUAUAUUUAUCAAAAAGCAAUGUGAGUUAUACAUAUAGUUACUGUGCGAACGUGCGCAACACAUUGUAUGGGUGGAUAUAGUGGUGUAGGAGCAUAGUGUGCAUGAACGUACGAAAAAAAAAACAAAAUCAAAUUCAAUAUUACAACAAAUAUUGCAAUAGGAAACGAGAAAUUAAAACGAUCGAAAAUGGGGCAAAAUUUGUUAGCUGUGUAAAAAGUAACGCUAUUACACUACUAUAUUGCUACUGCUGCGCUGCAUCAUCGAUUCUAGUAGCUAGCGGCAACGAUCGUUGCCAGUAGGAAAAUUGUUCUCGGUUCCCAAAUUGUGUAUCAACACGUUCAACACGAAACCUUCGAAACCUGCCCCAUUUGGCCUUAAAUCUUGUACCGAAACCGUUCGAAACCACAUCAAACAAAAAGCGUCCUUUCCCCAUACGAA